AUGGCAGACGCGGACAGGUCGCUGCCUCUGUGCCGCAGACUGAGCUAUGCGGUCGGACACUUUCUGAACGACCUGUGCGCCUCCAUGUGGUUCACUUACCUCCUGGUUUUCUACCAUGACGUGCUGGGAUUCAAGAACACAUUCGCAGGGCUGCUGCUGCUGGUGGGACAGAUCGCAGACGGCCUCUGUACUCCUCUGAUCGGAUACGAGUCGGACCGAACACCCGGCUGCGGAAACUAUGGCAAAAGGAAGACCUGGCACCUCGUGGGCACCCUCAGUGUGGCGCUGUCCUUCUCCUUCAUCUUUAACCAGUGCUUGGGCUGCUCCGCCCUCACCCCGCAGUGGGCCUCCAUGCUGUACUUCGCUCCCUUCAUUGUGGUCUUUCAGUUCGGCUGGGCCGCGGUGCAGAUCUCUCACCUGUCACUCAUCCCAGAGCUGGUGCGCUGCGAGCACGCCAAGGUCGAGCUCACCGCAUACAGAUACGCCUUCACGGUGGUAGCUAACAUCACGGUGUUUGCCGUGGCCUACCUCCUCUUCCACAUGCAGAGCGGAGCGGCCCGGGACAUGGACGCUCUGGGCCCCGCCGACAUCCCCGUCUUCAGGGACCUGGCUUUGAUAGUCCUGGGCAUUGGUCUGGUGUCUUCUCUGCUCUUCCACUUGGGCACCUCUGAGCGCAGGAGCAGAGAGGAGGACGGGGAACAGCGCCCCCUGCUGGCCUCUCCCACCACCUCCCUGUCUGAGCUGCUGCAGUGGAAGUGCUGGCUCCGACAACCCUCCUUCUACCAGGUACCGCCUCCUUCUACCAGGUACCGCCUCCUUAUACCAUGUACCGCCUCCUUAUACCAGGUACCGCCUCCUUCUACCAGGUACCGCCUCCUUCUACCAGGUACCGCCUCCUUCUACCAGGUACCGCCUCCUUAUACCAGGUACCGCCUCCUUCUACCAGGUACAGCCUCCUUCUACCAGGUACAGCCUCCUUCUACCAGGUACCGCCUCCUUAUACCAGGUACCGCCUCCUCAUACCAGGUACCGCCUCCUCAUACCAGGUACCGCCUCCUCAUACCAGGUACCGCCUCCUCAUACCAGGUACCGCCUCCUCAUACCAGGUACCGCCUCUUCAUACCAGGUACCGCCUCCUCCUACCAGGUACAGCCUCCUCAUACCAGGUACAGCCUCCUUAUACCAGGUACAGCCUCCUCCUACCAGGUACAGCCUCCUCCUACCAGGUACAGCCUCCUCCUACCAGGUACAGCCUCCUUCUACCAGGUACAGCCUCCUUCUACCAGGUACCGCCUCCUUAUACCAGGUACCGCCUCCUUAUACCAGGUACCGCCUCCUUAUACCAGGUACCGCCUCCUUAUACCAGGUACGUACCGCCUCCUUAUACCAGGUACAGCCUCCUCCUACCAGGUACCGCCUCCUCCUACCAGGUACAGCCUCCUCAUACCAGGUACAGCCUCCUUAUACCAGGUACAGCCUCCUCCUACCAGGUACAGCCUCCUCCUACCAGGUACAGCCUCCUCCUACCAGGUACAGCCUCCUUAUACCAGGUACCGCCUCCUUCUACCAGGUACCGCCUCCUUCUACCAGGUACCGCCUCCUUCUACCAGGUACCGCCUCCUUAUACCAGGUACCGCCUCCUUCUACCAGGUACCGCCUCCUUAUACCAUGUACCGCCUCCUUAUACCAGGUACCGCCUCCUUCUACCAGGUACCGCCUCCUUAUACCAGGUACCGCCUCCUUAUACCAGGUACCGCCUCCUUCUACCAGGUACAGCCUCCUUCUACCAGGUACCGCCUCCUUAUACCAGGUACCGCCUCCUUAUACCAGGUACAGCCUCCUUAUACCAGGUACCGCCUCCUUAUACCAGGUACGUACCGCCUCCUUAUACCAGGUACCGCCUCCUCAUACCAGGUACCGCCUCCUCAUACCAGGUACCGCCUCUUCAUACCAGGUACCGCCUCUUCAUACCAGGUACCGCCUCCUUAUACCAGGUACAACCUCCUCAUACCAGGUACAGCCUCCUCCUACCAGGUACCGCCUCCUUAUACCAGGUACAGCCUCCUCCUACCAGGUACCGCCUCCUCCUACCAGGUACAGCCUCCUCAUACCAGGUACAGCCUCCUUAUACCAGGUACAGCCUCCUCCUACCAGGUACAGCCUCCUCCUACCAGGUACAGCCUCCUCCUACCAGGUACAGCCUCCUCAUACCAGGUACAGCCUCCUUAUACCAGGUACAGCCUCCUCCUACCAGGUACAGCCUCCUUAUACCAGGUACAGCCUCCUCCUACCAGGUACAGCCUCCUUAUACCAGGUACAGCCUCCUCCUACCAGGUACAGCCUCCUUAUACCAGGUACCGCCUCCUUCUACCAGGUACAGCCUCCUUAUACCAGGUACAGCCUCCUUAUACCAGGUACAGCCUCCUCCUACCAGGUACCGCCUCCUUCUACCAGGUACCGCCUCCUUCUACCAGGUACCGCCUCCUUAUACCAGGUACCGCCUCCUUCUACCAGGUACCGCCUCCUUAUACCAUGUACCGCCUCCUUAUACCAGGUACAGCCUCCUCCUACCAGGUACCGCCUCCUUCUACCAGGUACCGCCUCCUUAUACCAGGUACCGCCUCCUUAUACCAGGUACCGCCUCCUUAUACCAGGUACCGCCUCCUUCUACCAGGUACAGCCUCCUUCUACCAGGUACAGCCUCCUUCUACCAGGUACCGCCUCCUUAUACCAGGUACAGCCUCCUUAUACCAGGUACAGCCUCCUUAUACCAGGUACCGCCUCCUUAUACCAGGUACGUACCGCCUCCUUAUACCAGGUACCGCCUCCUCAUACCAGGUACCGCCUCCUCAUACCAGGUACCGCCUCCUCAUACCAGGUACCGCCUCUUCAUACCAGGUACCGCCUCCUUAUACCAGGUACAACCUCCUCAUACCAGGUACAGCCUCCUCCUACCAGGUACCGCCUCCUUAUACCAGGUACAGCCUCCUUAUACCAGGUACCGCCUCCUCCUACCAGGUACAGCCUCCUUAUACCAGGUACAGCCUCCUCCUACCAGGUACCGCCUCCUCCUACCAGGUACAGCCUCCUCAUACCAGGUACAGCCUCCUUAUACCAGGUACAGCCUCCUCCUACCAGGUACAGCCUCCUCCUACCAGGUACAGCCUCCUCAUACCAGGUACAGCCUCCUUAUACCAGGUACAGCCUCCUCCUACCAGGUACAGCCUCCUUAUACCAGGUACAGCCUCCUUAUACCAGGUACAGCCUCCUCCUACCAGGUACAGCCUCCUCCUACCAGGUACAGCCUCCUCAUACCAGGUACAGCCUCCUCAUACCAGGUACAGCCUCCUCAUACCAGGUACAGCCUCCUCAUACCAGGUACAGCCUCCUCCUACCAGGUACAGCCUCCUCAUACCAGGUACAGCCUCCUCCUACCAGGUACAGCCUCCUCAUACCAGGUACAGCCUCCUCAUACCAGGUACAGCCUCCUCCUACCAGGUACCGCCUCCUUAUACCAGGUACAGCCUCCUCAUACCAGGUACAGCCUCCUCAUACCAGGUACAGCCUCCUCCUACCAGGUACAGCCUCCUCCUACCAGGUACAGCCUCCUCAUACCAGGUACAGCCUCCUCAUACCAGGUACAGCCUCCUCAUACCAGGUACAGCCUCCUCCUACCAGGUACAGCCUCCUCCUACCAGGUACAGCCUCCUCAUACCAGGUACAGCCUCCUCAUACCAGGUACAGCCUCCUCCUACCAGGUACAGCCUCCUCCUACCAGGUACAGCCUCCUCCUACCAGGUACAGCCUCCUCCUACCAGGUACAGCCUCCUUAUACCAGGUACAGCCUCCUUAUACCAGGUACAGCCUCCUUAUACCAGGUACAGCCUCCUCCUACCAGGUACCGCCUCCUUAUACCAGGUACAGCCUCCUUAUACCAGGUACAGCCUCCUCCUACCAGGUACAGCCUCCUCAUACCAGGUACAGCCUCCUCAUACCAGGUACAGCCUCCUCCUACCAGGUACAGCCUCCUCAUACCAGGUACAGCCUCCUUAUACCAGGUACAGCCUCCUCAUACCAGGUACAGCCUCCUCCUACCAGGUACAGCCUCCUCAUACCAGGUACAGCCUCCUCCUACCAGGUACAGCCUCCUCAUACCAGGUACAGCCUCCUCAUACCAGGUACAGCCUCCUCAUACCAGGUACAGCCUCCUCCUACCAGGUACAGCCUCCUCCUACCAGGUACAGCCUCCUCAUACCAGGUACGGCCUCCUCAUACCAGGUACGGCCUCCUCCUACCAGGUACGGCCUCCUCAUACCAGGUACGGCCUCCUCCUACCAGGUACAGCCUCCUCAUACCAGGUACAGCCUCCUCAUACCAGGUACAGCCUCCUCCUACCAGGUACAGCCUCCUCAUACCAGGUACCGCCUCCUUAUACCAGGUACAGCCUCCUCAUACCAGGUACAGCCUCCUCAUACCAGGUACAGCCUCCUCAUACCAGGUACAGCCUCCUUAUACCAGGUACAGUCUCCUUAUACCAGGUACAGCCUCCUCCUACCAGGUACAGCCUCCUCCUACCAGGUACAGCCUCCUUAUACCAGGUACCGCCUCCUUAUACCAGGUACAGCCUCCUCAUACCAGGUACAGCCUCCUCCUACCAGGUACAGCCUCCUUAUACCAGGUACAGCCUCCUUAUACCAGGUACAGCCUCCUCAUACCAGGUACAGCCUCCUCCUACCAGGUACAGCCUCCUCAUACCAGGUACAGCCUCCUUAUACCAGGUACCGCCUCCUUCUACCAGGUACCGCCUCCUUCUACCAGGUACCGCCUCCUUAUACCAGGUACCGCCUCCUUAUACCAGGUACCGCCUCCUUCUACCAGGUACCGCCUCCUUUACCAGGUACCGCCUCCUUAUACCAGGUACCGCCUCCUCCUACCAGGUACAGCCUCCUCCUACCAGGUACAGCCUCCUCCUACCAGGUACCGCCUCCUUAUACCAGGUACAGCCUCCUUAUACCAGGUACAGCCUCCUCCUACCAGGUACAGCCUCCUCAUACCAGGUACAGCCUCCUAAUACCAGGUACAGCCUCCUCAUACCAGGUACAGCCUCCUCCUACCAGGUACAGCCUCCUCAUACCAGGUACAGCCUCCUCCUACCAGGUACAGCCUCCUCAUACCAGGUACAGCCUCCUCAUACCAGGUACAGCCUCCUCAUACCAGGUACAGCCUCCUCCUACCAGGUACAGCCUCCUCAUACCAGGUACAGCCUCCUCCUACCAGGUACAGCCUCCUCAUACCAGGUACAGCCUCCUCAUACCAGGUACGGCCUCCUCCUACCAGGUACGGCCUCCUCAUACCAGGUACGGCCUCCUCCUACCAGGUACAGCCUCCUCAUACCAGGUACAGCCUCCUCAUACCAGGUACAGCCUCCUCCUACCAGGUACAGCCUCCUCAUACCAGGUACCGCCUCCUUAUACCAGGUACAGCCUCCUCAUACCAGGUACAGCCUCCUCAUACCAGGUACAGCCUCCUCAUACCAGGUACAGCCUCCUUAUACCAGGUACAGUCUCCUUAUACCAGGUACAGCCUCCUCCUACCAGGUACAGCCUCCUCCUACCAGGUACAGCCUCCUUAUACCAGGUACCGCCUCCUUAUACCAGGUACAGCCUCCUCAUACCAGGUACAGCCUCCUCCUACCAGGUACAGCCUCCUUAUACCAGGUACAGCCUCCUUAUACCAGGUACAGCCUCCUCAUACCAGGUACAGCCUCCUCCUACCAGGUACAGCCUCCUCAUACCAGGUACCGCCUCCUUCUACCAGGUACCGCCUCCUUAUACCAGGUACCGCCUCCUUAUACCAGGUACAGCCUCCUCAUACCAGGUACAGCCUCCUCAUACCAGGUACAGCCUCCUCCUACCAGGUACCGCCUCCUUAUACCAGGUACCGCCUCCUUAUACCAGGUACCGCCUCCUUAUACCAGGUACCGCCUCCUUAUACCAGGUACAGCCUCCUCCUACCAGGUACCGCCUCCUCCUACCAGGUACAGCCUCCUCCUACCAGGUACAGCCUCCUCAUACCAGGUACAGCCUCCUUAUACCAGGUACAGCCUCCUCCUACCAGGUACAGCCUCCUUAUACCAGGUACAGCCUCCUCCUACCAGGUACAGCCUCCUCAUACCAGGUACAGCCUCCUCAUACCGGGUACAGCCUCCUUAUACCAGGUACAGCCUCCUCAUACCAGGUACAGCCUCCUCCUACCAGGUACAGCCUCCUCAUACCAGGUACAGCCUCCUCAUACCAGGUACAGCCUCCUUAUACCAGGUACAGCCUCCUCAUACCAGGUACAGCCUCCUCCUACCAGGUGGCGCUGUUGUACAUGUCGACCCGGCUCAUCGUGAACCUGUCGCAGACCUACAUCUCCAUGUACCUGGUCAACACUCUGGGCCUGGACAAGAAGUACAUUGCCACCAUCCCUCUGGUCAUGUAUCUCAGUGGGUUUCUCUCGUCUUUCAUCAUGAAGCCGGUCUCUAAACUCAUCGGGAAAUCUCUGACGUACUUCCUCGGGCUCGUCCUGGUCCUCUGCUUCUCGUACUGGGUGCUCCUGGACGUGGACAUGGGGCAGAGAGUGUACGGCGCCGCGGUGCUGCUGGGGGCCGGCUCCGCCACCAUCCUGGUCAUCUCCCUCGCCAUGACGGCCGAGCUCAUCGCCGACCAGACGCAAAGUGGAGCAUUCGUUUACGGAGCCAUGAGUUUCACCGACAAAGUGGCGAACGGUUUCGCGGUGAUGCUGAUCCAGAGCCUGCACCCGUGUCAUACGGUGGUGUGCUGUCCCGACUGUGUCUGGUUCUACCACAUCGUCAUGGUGACCGUGACAGGGGGCGUGGCCUGUGUGGCGGCGCUGGCCCUCUGCUCCAUCCUCAUCUGGCCGAUCAAGAUCCGGCGCCGACUCGUUCCGGUCGUGACUGAAGAAGAAGCUGCGGUUAAUUAA